AACUGAAACUGCGGACGAACACCUGCUGCCAGGACCGGGUCCAGAACCGAACCGGACCACAGGGGACUCUGAUGAAUCCUCUAUGGCACAAGAAGUGAGCUAGAACGGUCCGGUGGUUCCGGAGGCGCGAUGUCUGUGAACGAGCUGUACACCAAGUUCACCCGGGUCUGGAUACCGGACCAGGACGAGGUGUGGAAGGCUGCAGAGAUCAACAAAGACUACAAGGAAGGGGAGCCAGUUCUGCAUCUGCAGCUGGAGGAUGGAACAACCCUGGAGUACCAGGUGGGUCCGAAGUCCAGCCCACUGCCGUUCCUGCGGAACCCGGACAUCUUGGUGGGGGAGAACGACCUGACGGCACUUAGUUACCUCCAUGAACCUGCUGUUCUACACAACCUGAGGGUCCGCUUCCUGGAAUCCAACCACAUCUACACUUACUGCGGUAUUGUCCUGGUGGCCAUCAACCCAUACGAGCAGCUGCAGAUCUAUGGAGAAGAGGUGAUCACGGCCUAUAGUGGGCAGAACAUGGGGGACAUGGACCCACACAUCUUUGCUGUGGCUGAGGAGGCCUACAAACAAAUGGCCAGAGAUGAGAGGAACCAGUCCAUCAUUGUGAGUGGAGAAUCUGGAGCAGGGAAGACAGUGUCAGCUAAAUAUGCUAUGAGGUUCUUCGCCACUGUGGGUGGCUCAUCCAGUGAUGCCAACGUGGAGGAGAAAGUUCUGGCCUCCAAUCCAAUCAUGGAGGCCAUUGGAAAUGCAAAAACCACCCGGAAUGACAAUAGCAGCCGCUUCGGGAAGUACAUCCAGAUUGUUUUCAGCCGACACUACCACAUCAUCGGGGCUAACAUGAGGACCUACUUGCUGGAGAAGUCCCGGGUUGUUUUUCAGGCCGAGGACGAGCGGAACUAUCACAUUUUCUACCAGCUGUGUGCCUCUGCCAGUUUACCAGAAUUUGAGGAUCUGAGCCUCACCAGUGCAGAAGAUUUCACGUAUACGUCUUUGGGAGAGAACAUCUUCAUCGAAGGGGUGAACGACGCUGAAGAUUUCUUAAAGACCAGAGAAGCAUUCAGCCUGCUGGGUGUAAAAGAGAGCAGUCAGAGCAGUAUCUUUAAGGUUCUGGCCUCCAUCCUCCACCUGGGGAAUGUGGAGAUCGUGGCAGAGCGUGAUGGAGAGUCCUGCCGUCUCUUGAGAAGCGACGUCCACCUGAAGCACUUCUGCAGGCUGUUGGGGGUGGAGCUGCAGCAGAUGGAGCACUGGUUGUGCCACAGGAAACUGGCCACGGCGUCUGAGACCUACGUGAAGACCAUGUCCUGCAGACAGGCAGUCAACGCCCGUGACGCACUCGCCAAGCACAUCUACGCACGGCUCUUCGACUGGAUUGUGGAACACAUCAACAAAGUCCUGCAGACCUCCUCCAAGCAGCACUCCUUCAUCGGAGUCCUGGACAUCUAUGGGUUUGAGACAUUCGAGGUGAACAGCUUCGAGCAGUUCUGCAUCAACUACGCCAACGAGAAGCUGCAACAGCAGUUCAACUCUCAUGUCUUUAAACUGGAGCAGGAGGAGUACAUGAAGGAGCAGAUCCCCUGGACCCUCAUCGACUUCUACGACAACCAGCCCUGCAUCGACCUGAUCGAGGCCCGACUCGGGAUACUGGACCUGCUGGAUGAGGAGUGCAAGGUUCCGAAGGGGACAGAUCAGAACUGGGCCCAGAAGCUCUACAAGCAGAACUCCAGCAGCGCACACUUCCAGAAACCCCGGAUGUCCAACAUCUCCUUCAUCAUCAUCCACUUUGCUGACAAGGACCCUGAUAUGUUCCAGUUUGGAAAGACAAAGAUCUUCUUCCGAGCAGGUCAGGUGGCUUACCUGGAAAAGCUUCGGACCGAUAAGUUCCGAUCGGCCUGCAUCAAGAUCCAGAAGACGGUCCGAGGCUGGCUGCAGAGGAUCCGGUACCAUAAGAUCCGCAGGUCUGCCAUAACCCUGCAAAGAUAUGGUCGAGGAUACCUGGCUCGCAGGUACGCAGAGUUUCUGCGUUUGAACCGGGCUGCCCUCAUCUGUCAGAAACAGUACCGCAUGGUCCGAGAGCAGAGAAACUUCCUGAGGAUCAGGCAGGCUGUGGUCACCAUCCAGGCCUACACCCGAGGAAUGUUCACACGCAGGAUCUACUGGGAGUUUCUGCUGCACCACAAGGCCAUGAUCAUCCAGAAGAACGUGCGCGGCUGGUUGCAGAGACAGAGGUUCAGACGAGCACGUGCCGCCGCCAUCAUCAUCCAAUGUGGCUUCAGACGGCUGCAGGCCAAGAAACAGCUGAAUCAGCUGAAGAUCGAAGCUCGCUCUGCAGAGCGCCUGAAGAAGCUCAACACCGGCAUGGAGAACAAGAUCAUGCAGCUAAAGAGGAAGAUGGACGAGCAGUCCAUAGAGAUGAAGUCUCAGAACGAGCAGCUGCUGACUGUCAACACCUCCCUGGGCUCAGAGGUCACCAAGCUGCAGAAGGAGUUGGAUCUAAUCCGGGGCCAGCAGGUUGAGGGAGGCCAGGUGCUGUCACUGCAGGAGCAGGUGGAGAGGCUGCAGGAGGAGCUGCAGGAGGCGCAGGCCGAGAGGAAGAGGCUGCUGGAGGAGCACAGCAAUGAGAAGAUGCACCUCACACAGAGGCUGGAGGAGCUGGAGACCGAAAACUCUCUGCUGAAGAGCGAAAAGGAAGAACUGAACCAACGCAUCCUGCAGCAGUCCAAGACCUCUGCAGAGGAGACAAGUAGCGCCUCCCAGCAGUCCGAGCUGGACGGUGAGCGGCAGCGCUACCAGAACCUCCUGAAGGAGUUCUCCAGACUGGAGCAGAGAUACGACAACCUAAAGGAGGAGAUGUCUCUGAGCAAGUUCCACCCCAGCCACCAGAGGAACCCAUCCAAUCAGAGCAGCCUGGAGUCAGACUCCAACUACCCAUCCUUCUCCACCUCUGAGGUGGGAGACACCGAGGACUCCAUCCAGCUGGUGGAGGAGAUGGGGGUAGAGAAGGCUGCCAUGGACAUCAGUCUGUUCAUGAAGCUGCAGAAACGAGUGCGAGAACUGGAGACGGAGAGGAAAAGGCUGCAGGUCAACCUGGACAAGGUGGAGGAGCUAGCAAAGCACAGGAGUUCAGAGGCCAAAAUUACCUCUUCUGAGCAUGAGACCUCAGAUCUGGCCUACAACAACCUGAAGAGACAGGAACUCGAAACAGAAAACAAAAAACUGAAGAACGACUUGAACGAGCUGAGGAAGACUGUCGCUGAGCGAGCGUCACAGAAUAACUCAUCCAACGAGCUGCAGGACAGCUACAAUCUCCUGCUGAGUCAGCUGAAAUCAGCCAAUGAGGAGCUGGAUGCCCGCAGGGAGGAGGUGCUUAUCCUCAGGACUCAGAUAGUGAGCAGCGCUCAACUGCAGGAGAGCAGCCAAAAUACUGAAUCUGAGAAGGAAUCUGAGCUGAACAACAGCACAGAGCCGAUGGACAAAGAGGAGGCGCUGCAAGCAUAUCAUGGACUCUGUGAGUCCAAAAAGCUCCUGGAGGCCCAGCUGCAGACCCAAACUCGGCAGCACCGGGAUGAGCUGGAGGCUCUGCACACUCAGAUUGAGUUGCUGAAGGAGGACCUGGAGAAGAAGCAGGAUAUCCUGAACUACAUGGGGUCUCUGUCUCCGGACGCCAAGGUGGAGUACAGUGUCCAACAGGAGAUCACUCGGCUCACCAACGAUAAUCUGGACCUGAAAGAGAUGGUGGAGAAGCUGGAGAAGAAUGAGAGGAAGCUGAAGAAGCAGCUAAGGAUCUACAUGAAGAAGGUCCAGGAGCUGGAAGCCACUCAUGCUGCAGCUCAGAACCGGAACACGAAACCAGAGCUGAUCCGUCAGGUGACCGUUCAAAGGAAAGAGAAGGACUUUGAGGGAAUGCUGGAGUACAACAAGGAGGACGAGGCCCAGCUCAUCAAGACCCUCAUCACAGACAUAAAACCCAACUCAGUGUCGGCCACAGUCCCCUGUCUGCCCGCCUACAUCCUCUUCAUGUGCAUCCGCCACGCUGACUACAUGAACGAUGACCAGAAGGUGGAGUCUUUACUCACCUCUACCAUAAACGCCAUCAAGAAGGCCCUGAAGAGGAACAACGAUGACUUUGAGAUGAUGUCAUUCUGGUUGGCUAACAGCAGCCGGUUGCUGCACUGCCUGAAACAGUACAGUGGAGAUGAGACCUUCAUGACUCAGAACACCCCUAAGCAGAACGAACACUGUCUGAAGAACUUCGACCUGGCCGAGUACCGGCAGGUUCUGAGUGACAUGUGCAUCCAGAUCUACCAGCAGCUAAUCAAGGUGGCCGAGGGCAACAUACAACCCAUGAUCGUGUCAGCCAUGUUGGAAAGUGAGAGCAUCCCGAGUCUGGCAGGCGUGAAGCCGAUGGGCUACAGGAACCGCUCAUCCAGCCUGGACACAGACGCCGAUGGCCCCACCAGCUACACCCUGCAGACUCUGAUCCGACAGCUGAGCCAGUUCAACAGCAUCAUGCGGGACCAUGGACUGGAUCCCGAGAUAGUGGGCCAGGUGGUCCGACAGCUGUUCUACAAUAUCAACGCCAUUACCCUGAACAACCUGCUUCUGCGGAAAGACAUCUGCUCAUGGAGCACUGGCAUGCAGCUCAGGUACAAUACGAGUCAGCUGGAGGAGUGGCUCCGAGCCAACAACCUUUUCCAGAGUAAAGCUGCUGCAACGCUGGAGCCAAUCAUCCAGGCGGCUCAGCUGCUGCAGGUCAAGAAGAAGACAUCUCAGGAUGCUGAGGCCAUCUGCUCUCUCUGCACAGCCCUCACCACGCAGCAGAUUGUGAAAAUCCUGAACCUCUACACACCUCUGAACGAGUUUGAAGAACGAGUCACUGUGUCCUUCAUCAGGAACAUCCAGAAUCUCCUCCAGGAGAGAAAUGACCCUCCUCAGCUCCUGGUGGACACCAAACAAACCUUCCCUGUCCUGUUCCCAUACUCUCCGUCCGCUCUGAGCCUGGAGAUGAUUCACAUGCCCACCUCCCUCGGACUGGACUUCCUCAUCAGGGUCUGACUGUCC